ACGAGAUUUUUGCAGGGCUUUUUCCUGGAGGAGGGAGAAGGCGACGAGCUCGGGGGUUCUAUGCAAUCGUGCCGGGUAGUUUGAAUUUCCCGGUGAUGGAUGUGAGAUUUCAGCUAUUUCUCAUCUUCCUCGCCGUUACGAUGGAGUUUACGGUGGCCGGAGCCGUAGGCGUGAACUGGGGCACGGCGGCGUCGCACCCUCUUCCGCCGCCGAAGGUCGUGGAGCUCCUGAAAUCCAACGGCAUUUCCAAAGUGAAGCUCUCCGAUGCAGACCCAGACGUUCUCCGAGCUCUUUCUGGGUCCAACAUCGGUGUAGCUGUCGGAAUCCCUAACUCCAUGCUCAAGAGCUUGAACGCCUCGAGGAAGCUCGCCGAGAGCUGGGUUCAUGACAAUGUCACUCGCUACUUCGACAAAGUUCGAAUCGAGUACAUUGCGGUAGGGGACGAGCCAUUUCUCCAAAGCUAUGGCGAUCAGUUUACGCCCUUUGUCAUUGGAGCGGCCAUGAACAUCCAAAGCGCUCUCGCUAAGGCGAGCUUAGCCGGCGAAGUGAAGGUCGUUGUACCUUGUAGUUUCGACGCCUUCGUCUCGGGAUCUGGCCGGCCAUCUGACGGGCUCUUCAGGAACGAGCUCAACAAGACGAUGAUCGAGCUCCUCUCCUUUCUCUCGAAGCAUCAUUCCCCAUUCUUCGCGACCAUCUCUCCUUUCCUAACUUUCCACAAAAACAAGAACGUCUCUCUCGAGUUUAGCCUCUUCAAAGAAACAGCACAACCCCAUAAAGACGGCCACAGAGUUUACAGAAACAGCUUUGAACUGAGCUACGACACUCUGGUCUCGGCAUUAGCCAAGCUCGGGUUCCUGGACACAGAUAUCGUCGUGUCAAAGAUCGGUUGGCCAACAGACGGAGCGGCCAAUGCCACAUCAUCGAUAGCCGAGACCUUCAUGAAGGGUCUGAUGGGUCACCUGAAGAAAAACUUGGGCUCUCCUCUCCGCCCACAUAACCCUCCUCUCGAAACCUACGUUUUCAGCCUCUUGGACGAAGAUCAAAGAAGUUUGGCUUCCGGAAACUUCGAGAGGAACUGGGGAGUGUUCACAUUCGACGGGCAAGCCAAGUACAGUGACCUCAGCUUCGUCCCGAACUCGAAGAGGAAUCUCGUGAACGCGAAGAACGUGCAGUACCUUCCUCCGAAAUGGUGCGUAGCCAACAACAACAGAGACCUGUCCAAUGCCUCGGCCCGAGCCAUGGAGGCAUGUUCAAUGGCAGACUGUACGGCGAUACUGCCAGGUGGGUCGUGCUCAGACAUGGCGUGGCCAGGGAAUGUGUCGUACGCGUUCAACAGUUUGUAUCAGCAGACCGAUCACAGGGCAGAGAGCUGCGACUUUGGGGGGCUCGGUCUGAUCACGACCGUCGAUCCGUCUUCGGAUAGUUGCAGGUUCUCGAUUCAACUCGACACUUCUGGUUCAUCUUCUCCGAUUGUUCUCCUACAGGACUUGGUGUCGGGUCCCCUCGUGUUGUUUGUGUUCGUGUUGCACGGGAACUUGUUUCUGUUUUGGCUCUGAUAUUAUCAUUUUAAUAUUACCUAACCUAACCAUAAUAUUAUCAUUGCAAAACAUAUGCAAUGUUGCUAAUGGAUUUUGGCAUUUUGGUUUUCGA